AUGACUAUUCCUAUGGCAACUUUGGUUUCGGCGGAUGAGUACAAAGACAUCCUCAACAAUUUUUUCCUCGGUGUCUCGCCAGAUCUCAGCUACAUUCCAGACCCUUCCCUCGAAGAUUAUAUCCUUGCUGCCUGCUUAAGCAACGGAGUUGCCAAUGAAAAGGCCAAUCAGAUCUCGAAACAUGGUGCUAGUGUGGCCCAGCAAUUCUACCCAUUGCACAAAUUCGAGAUUCAACGACUCGUCGGAUUGUUCUCUGCCUAUUUUUUUGCGGUUGAUGACCUUGGUCUUGAUUUUGUGGAUGAUAUCCGCAAGUUUGGUCGAAAAACAAUGCAGGGAGACCCACAACCCCCAUUGCUCGAAGCCUUCGCUGCUCUUUUACCUCAGUUCAAUCAGCAUUAUCCCGACAUCUGUUCCAACAAAAUUGCAACGGGGUUGAUAAAUUUUAUGGACGCCUCUGCCAUAGAGUUCGAGACGACUGGUAAAUUCCUUCAUCUUGAAACUGCAGCAAGCUUUCCUCGUUAUUUCCGGAUUAUGACAGGGCUGGCUGAGCCUUAUACCUUUUUUAUCCUGACAAACGAUCUUUGGUCUGAGGAGAACAUCAACCUAUUUAUCCAGGCUGCUCCAGACAUCAUGGAUUUGACAGACACAAUCAACGACCUCCUUUCAUUUUACAAGGAAUCUAUCGUAGGUGAUGAAAGAAAUAACUAUGUAUAUCAUCGGGCUUUGAGCGAUUGCAUCCGGGUUUCUGAUGUCUUGCAUCGCUUAGUGGAGGAAAACACCGCUCGGAUUGAUAACGUUAAAGCCACGGUCUCUGAAAGCCCCGCCUUGCUUCAAAUGGUGGACGCCUAUAUCCGUGGAUUUGUUGGAUUCCAUGUGAUGAGACCUCGCUACAAGUUGAAUGAACUGGAAAUACCUAGUCUGAGGAAUAUUAUUGACCAACGCAUGACUAAAGGCAUUUGA